AUGACCACCGCUAAGAGUUUCGGGUUUUCGCCCGCUCCCGCCGACCCCCCUUUUUGUUCUCGCCCAAACCCCGGGGCGCGCGCCCUUCGAACGAGAACCAACAUGAAAACGGAGAAACCCACGCCGAAACUGCCAAGGGGGGGGACCCCCCCCCCCCGCCUCCCCCCGCAGGGGAACGCCACCUCAGUCCUUUUUCGAGGGGGCCCGGGCCCCGGCUCGCCCCCUCCGCGCGACCGGGGGCGCGCCCCGGGCCGGGGGGGCACGGCCCGCCCGCUCUCCUUUCAGGGGAAAACACACCCCGGGCUGGGCAACCCCGGGGGCGGGGCCCGGGGGGCCCCCCGCACGCCGGCCCCCCCGGGGCCGCCCCCCCCGGGGGGGCUGGGGGGCGCCCGGCCGCCGCGGGGCCGGCUUCCCUUCUCUCUCUCCAGCGGCCCUUUCGCCCGCUCGGAAAAGGCGCGCGGGGACACCGGCCGCCCGGGGGGCCCCCCCCGGCGGACCGCUCCCCCCGGGGGGGCCCGGGCGCCCGGCGGACGCGCCCCGCCCCCGGGCCCCGGGAGGCGGAGCCCCCGAGAGCCGACCCGGCGUUCGCCAGCGCCGAGGCCUGCCGGCCCGGCAGACCCCGCCGCCGCCCCCGGGGGCCCCGCGCCCCCGGCACCGCCGCCGCCCCUCCCCCCCCCCGGGCCCCCCUUCGCCUGGGCCCAGCCCCCGGCGGAAGGGGUACGGCCGACCCGGGGGGCAACGCCCGCUCUCCUCUUUUUCAGGGGAGCCCGGGCGGGGGAAGCGCCCCCGCGGCCGCCCGGGGCCCCUUUUCCUCGGCCCACGCGGGGCCGGAAGGGGACGGGGGACGGGGACGUGGGGGCCCGGGACGGGACCGCGCCGGCCGCGGGGGGCCCGCCCUCCGGCCGCCCGUCCCCCGGGGGGAAAGAGGGGGACCCCGCCCGAGCGGCGCCGCCGCCGCUCGGGGGGGUUCGCCCCGCUCGCGGGCCUCCGCCGACGGAGGGCCCCCGGGCCCCGGGUGGGGGCCGGGGGGGGGGGCGCCGGCGGACGGCCCCCGGCCGGCGCGCCUUCGAGGAGGAAAGGCCGCCGAGGGGGGAGCGAUGGGGGGCCGGACGGCGGGACCGGCGCCGCGCCCGCGAGACACCGCAAGGGCGGCGGUUUCCAGGAAAAGGGGCGCGGGGGCCCCCGGGGGCCCGCACCCCGGGGCCCGGGGGAAAGGAGAGAGCGGGCGCUCUUCCCGGGCGUCCCCCGUUACACGAGGCGGGCGGGUCGGCCCCCGCGGCGACCGGGCGCCCGGGGCCUCUCCGAAAGGGGCCGGGGGCCGCGGGAGGGGGGGGCAGGGCGCCCCCCCCCGGCGGGGCGCGGUUCCCCCGCCGCGCGCGCGCGGCGGGGGCGCGACGACAAACGCUGGGAAGCGCGGCCGGGGGCCCGGGGAACCCACCGCAGGAGCUACGGGAGUAUUUGCUCCCCUACCCCUCAAUGGCGCCGCGCCGCCCCCCGGGCAACACCCCCGCCGCCGCCGCCGCCGCCGCCCCCGGCCCCACGGGGGGCCGCCCGAGCCGCCCGAGUCUUUAA